AUGUACAAUCCUUACCAACAAGGUACAGGUUACCAACAACCUACUGGGUAUUAUAGCCAACAACAACAGGUUCAACAACAACAACAACAGCAACAACAACAGCAACAGCAGCAGCAACAGCAGCAGCAACCUCAAUAUCAGCAGCAAUACCAGCAAUUACAGCCACAGUUCCAACAACAGCAACCACAGCCGCAACCACCAGUCCAAUAUGCAGGUUAUGGAGCCGGAGCAAAUGUAACUCAAACUGGUGUAUAUAAUAAUCCCAACCAAAGCUCUGCUGUGCCAAGCAGCAACACAUUGGCUGGAAAUAAUCAAUACCAACAAAACAAUGCCAAUUACACAGGGCUUCACUCAAAUAUCAACAAUCAAGGAUAUGUUCAAAAUACCAAUUUAUCUACCUCUCAAAUUCCAACCAUGAAUCAACACUUACAACCACAAGGUACUGGGUUUUAUGGAAGUUCCAAUAGUGCUGCGUCAAUGCCAAAUAUCAUGCAACAACCUCAAUUACAACCAAUCCAAAAUCAAAUGACCGGCAGCUACACUUCCAAUAUGCAACAAUCUCAAAUCCAACCAGUUCAAAAUCAAGUAACUGGUGGGUUUGGUGCCAAUAUACAAAUGUCGCAACAGCCUCAACCAAUUCAAAAUCAACUAACAGGAAGCUUCAAUUCUAACAUUCAAAGCCAAGCGCAACCACAAGUAGUAAAACCACUAUUACCUCAACAAACUGGUUAUUAUAUGCAAACAUCUCAAAUCCCAUUAGAACCUUUGAAACCGACUGCUACAGGUUUUAUCAAUUCAUUUGCCAAUAAUGGUGUUAAUAAUGAACUUAAAAUACCAACAAUGAGAUUAUCCUUCAUUACUGCCGUAGACCAAGCUAAAUUUGAAACCUUGUUUAGAUCCAUGGUCAAACCUGGUUCUAAUACCAUCUCAGGUGCAGAUUGUAGAACAAUCUUAAUGAAGUCCGGCUUGCAACCAAAACAACUGGCCAAAAUUUGGGCUCUAUGUGACACCAGUAAAGCUGGGAAAUUAUUAUUUCCUGAGUUUGCAUUAGCCAUGCAUUUGAUUAAUGACGUUUUACAAGGUGAUUCCAUACCAUACGAAUUAGAUACUCGAACUAAAAAUGAAGUUUCCAGUUUUAUCGACAUCAUUAAUUCAAACGUAGCUUUUACCAGUUCUCAAACGAAGACUCCAUUUGAUGAGUUAAUGAUGACUCAAGGCGUAAUGAAUUUACAACCUCAACCUACAGGAUCAAUCCCCACAACAAGUUUUGGUAUGCCAUUACAAACUCAAAUCACUGGUGGUGGUGGUGCUGGUAUGUUGAAUCCUCAAUCUACUGGGUUCAUGCCUCAAACCAGUUUCGGUAUGCCAAUGCAAACUACUGGUGGUCGCUUAAUGGCUCAAAACACAGGGAUGUUACAACCUCAAAACACAGGUAUGAUUCCUCAAACGUCAUUUGGAAUGCCACUACAAAAUCAAAUGACUGGUGGUGCCGCCACAAUACCACAGUUGUCGUUCAAUCAAGCCCCACAACAACCAUUACAACAAUUUAACGUUGGAUUACAACAGCAAAGAACUGGAUACUUGCCACCUUCCAAUUUCACAACUUCUAUGCCAUUGACCGCUCAAAAGACUGGGUUCGGUAAUAAUGAGAUAUAUUCUCAAUCUAACUUCACAAAUAAGUUAAAUCAAGUUAGUACUGAAGAUGCAAUCAGUGAUCAAGAAAAAUCAUUAUUUUAUAAGAUUUUUGAAACCUAUGAUACUGAAAAACGUGGUCAUUUAGUCUCAUCUACCGCUGUCGAAAUCUUUAGAAAAUCUGGGUUGAAUAGAAGCGAUUUGGAACAUAUUUGGAAUCUAUGUGACGUCAAUAACUCAGGAACAUUAACAAAGCAAGAAUUUGCAUUAGGUAUGCAUCUAGUCUAUAGGAAACUAAACGGUAAUGAAUUACCAAAUAGGUUACCUCCUAGCUUGGUUCCUUCUAGUACUCAGAUCUUGAACAAUGUUAGGGAUCAAUUGAAGUCAGACCAUGAAAAUGAUUCUUUACCUUCUACAAGAAUGAAUGGAUUAAGUUACAGAAAUAAUGAUGAAGAAGAGACUUUACCAAGUUUCAGAAAUCGUAGAACUGUUUACUCAACGGAAUCUCCUGAUCAACAAUCGCCAGCACAAGCAAAACAAGAAUUCGUUGUUCCCAAAACAGAACCAAAACCAUCUCCACCUAAGGAGGCAAAACCUAUCAAAUCAUCUUAUGCUUCUAAGGUAGCUCCAGCACCAUCUACUGAAAAAUUAUCAGCUUCAGAGAACAUGGACCGUAUCAAUUCCACACAAGAGGAAAUUAAAUCGUUAAUUGAAGGAACAACAUUAGCCAACGCAUCAAUUCCAAAAGAUCUAAGAAACAGAUUUGAAACAUUAGUGAACGAAUUACCAUCGCUAUUUGAACAAAUUUCUCAAAUUGACAACGACAUCAGUGCCGCCAAGAUUCAAUUGUUUAAAUUGAAAAAUCCGCCAUCUAUAAUUGGGACAGGACCAAAUGGUGAAAUUACAGAUAGCGAUAGACAAAAAGCUAAGAGUAGAGCAUUAUUGAAAUCCAGAAUGGCGGCUUUGACUGGUAAACCUGUGGAACCGGUUGCUGAUGAAACUGAAGUUUAUCAAGAGGAAUUAUCCAAGAUUAAAAACGAAAGUGAAGCUAAUAAAGAAAUUAUUAACGAUAUUAGAGAUUCUAUAUCUGAUCUUUCCGCUUCAUUGAAAUCAAACAUUACUGGUCGCACAGUGGACACUUCUUCAAGAGAUUUUGAAAAAUGGGAAUUCGGUAUCGGUGUUGAGGAUGAGGUUCGUAAUUUCAUCUACAAGUUGAAUACAGGCGCAAUUACAUUAGAGAACUCACAAUCUACUAGUACUGCUCCAGUUCCAGGGGCAAUUCAAGAUGUUGAAGCAAGAGCUAAUCGCUUAAAGGAGCAAGCCCAAAAGAAAAUGAAAGAAAGAUUAGCCAAAUUCGGUUUAGCUAAGAGAGAUAGAUCAUCAAGAUCGAGAUCAAGAUCAGGAAGUGAAGCAGCCUCUAAUGUCGCUACUCAGCCACCUAUCAAUGAGAAUAACGGUCCAGUUGCUGCAACCCCUUCGAAGUAUUCAACUCCAUUCGAAAAUGAAGAUGCUGUUAAAGCUUCUAAGGACAUUGAUGAAAGUGAUGGUGAUGAUGAAGAAGAAGAAGAAAAACGCUUAAUGGAAGAAUUAAAUAAAUUGAAAUCAAAGAAAAAGGCAGAGAAAGAAAAAAGAUUAGCUGAAUUACGUCAACAGAUUGAACAUGAAAAUAAGCAAACAAUUGAACAUCCUGUUGCAGCACCGCAGCAAGUAACUGAACUGGCAUCUGAAACAAAUGAUUAUGGACAUGACACAAUAGCAGCUCAAGCGUCAACAGCUAGUACUGAUAAUCUAGUUAUGAACAAGAGCCAACCAGUUCCUGUUCAAGCUGCUGCACAAGUUACCACAGAACCUAAGAAAAUGAACCCAUUUUUCAAAUCAGAACCUACUUCAACUACUUCAUCUUUUGAUUUGAAAGCUGCUGAACAACAACGUAGAAUCCAAAGAGGAUUGGAAGAAGAUUCUGACGAUGGUUGGUCAGAUUCUGAUGACGAUGGUGCUAAAGAAGCUAAUAAACCAACUUCACAUGCUGUACUUCCUGUUCCUGUAGCUCCAUCAAUAACGCCUACUAUGAGUUCUUCAAUUCCGUUGGUACCUCCGGUAGUCGAUGCUGCAACAACUAACGCACCCAUUCCGAUAGCACCUCCAUUACCACUUGUGGCAGCAGAAGAAACAAAUGUGCCAGUUCAAACAGGAAACAACUUUGUUCCACCUCCUCCACCUUUACCAAACAUGGGAGAUACAUCCCCCUCAGGAGCACCUGUUCCAUUAGCUCCACCAAUCCCACAACCCCAAUUGGACCAAACUGUUGAGAAACCAACGCUUAUGGCCCCACCCCUACCACAGGUUACUCCUGCUGUUGCAGAUGGUAAUACCUCUUCUAACUUCGUUCCACCACCACCACCUUUACCAAAUAUGGACGGAUCAACAACACCGGCCCAACCUGCUACUGAGGAAAGCCAUGACUUAGAUAAUGAAGAUUCAGAUGUUCUGUCAAUUCCUGAAUCUGUUGAUUCAGUCGAUAAUGAGGGAGAAAAUGCUGCAGAAGUUCCUCCAUCAGUUAUUCCACCACCUCCACCACUACCAUUUUAA